CUUGAUAAACUGUAUGUUUAUUGCACAUAAUAACAACAUCAACUGUGCACAUCUCAGAGUGGGGCCCUGAUGUCACAAAACCAGAUGGAUAAUGCAAUGAAAGUUACAGCGAUGGUGAGGGCUCCGCCAGGCGUCUGCUCUGGAGGUUGUAGAGAUGCUGAAAGUCGAUUGUGGAGCAGCUUCUGAUUCUGGCAGCAACCCUACAAGAGCCUGUCCUACAUGGUGGCAAGGCUGUUCUUCCUCCGACCAGUUUCUUCACAAACAAGUAGGAUCCAACUCCAGGCCUUAAGCUGCAUGGAGGGUGUGGAGUGAAGCUGCUUGCUCCUUCAUCUCUUCCUUUCCAGAUGCUAGAUUUUCCUGUUUCAGCAGAGAUAAUGAGAGAGUAAUAUUCUUGAGGAGGGAGAGAGAGAGAGAGAGAGAGAGAGAGGUUGCAUCAGGCAUCAGAGAGGCAACAUGGCUCACAGAUUCACAGAAGCAGAACUCAAUGUGGUCAAAGAGACCUUCUCGCAUUUUGAUGUGGACGGCGAUGGGGUUAUCACCACAGCAGAGCUGGGGACCGUCCUGCGCUCCCUCGAGCACGUGAUGAUCAACCUCAGGGAGAAGUUCACGGACGAGAGGAUGGAACAGAUGAUCAAGCACGCCGAUGAGGAUGGAGACGGGAAAAUCAGCUACGAGGAGUUUGAGAAGCUGAUGGUGGAGAAGUAGAGACGCCCAAGGCCUUUUACCCUAGAGUUGAGAAUUUGCUUUACCAGCUGACUGGAAUUUGCAGCACGUCAUAGAAGCACCCUGCGGUUUGCCACAAGCAAAGGCCAGCUCUCCCCCCGCCCUUCCAUAAUAACACACAUGGAUUCCCCCUCUGGACACCGAAGAGCCUGACUUGCAACCUGAGAACUGGAAGAGCUUGUACAGGAACAUUCUCCCUGUGGUUCUUCCCAGCAACUUUGCAGGAGGCACACCCAUGAUACCUGCAGCAGCCGCCACUGACGUGGAGUUUUGACGAUGCUGUCUCGGGCCUUAGGGGAAAAUAAAUUAAUGAGAACUUU